AUCCACGUUUCCGCAUAUGAGAACCCCUGCCAUCUCUCUUCAUGCUUUCUUUCCGUCUAGACUUUGACUUCCUUUGACCCUUUCUGACGGCGUCUACUUGGACUUCACCUACCUUCGACUGAGGGCUUGGUCGACUUUCCCUGCCUACCACUGUACAACACUCGCAUCGAAGCACGUAGAGGUAUCUGUCCAAGUCUCGGCCUUGUUAGACUCGUGCACUGCAGGGAAGGUCAACAUCACGAUGUCGUACUCUUGGGUGGGGUCUCCGACGACCUUCAACGGGACUAAUCCUCGCUAUGGCGGCGAUGCAAACGCAGAGAACUUGAACCAGUGGUACCAAUCUGGAGACCAAGCAUAUAUCAUCGUAGCAUCCGCCAUGGUCUUGAUCAUGGUACCGGGACUGGGCUUCUUAUACUCGGGUCUUGCACGAAGAAAGUCUGCACUGAGCAUGAUCUGGGCUUGUAUGGCCUCUUGCUCAAUCAUCACGUUCCAGUGGUAUUUCUGGGGCUACUCGUUGGCGUUCAGCAACUACGCUACCAAUGGCUUCAUUGGUGACUUGCAGAAGUUCGGUCUGAGAGGCACACUCGCCACACCUUCUCCCGGCAGCCCGCUUAUUCCGGACUUACUCUAUGCUUUCUAUCAGAUGCAAUUCUGCGCCGUUACCGCCGCAAUCGUCGUUGGUGCUGUUGCUGAGCGAGGCCGCCUCAUUCCCAUGAUGGUCUUCAUCUUCUUCUGGGCUACGAUCGUCUACUGCCCAAUUGCAUGCUGGGCUUGGAAUGUCAACGGCUGGGCAUACUCGUGGGGUGUGCUGGACUACGCUGGUGGAGGGCCCGUCGAGAUUGGCUCCGGAAUGUCCGCACUCGCAUACUCUUGGGUUCUCGGACGGAGGCAGGAGAAGAUGAUGUUGAACUUCCGACCUCAUAACGUCUCCCUGAUCACUUUGGGCACGAUACUGCUGUGGUUUGGCUGGCUGGGAUUUAACGGCGGCUCAGCGUUUGGUGCGAAUCUUCGUGCGACCAUGGCUUGCUGGAAUUCCAACAUCACAUGCGCAUUCGGGGCGAUCACGUGGGUUCUUCUCGACUGGAGGCUUGCAAGGAAGUGGUCAAUGGUCGGUUGGUGUUCAGGUGCUAUUUCUGGUUUGGUCGCUGCCACUCCGGCCUCUGGUUUCAUCACCCCAUGGGGAUCCGUUGUUCUCGGUAUCGUUACCGGAGUAGUGUGCAAUUUUGCUACGAAGAUCAAGUACUGGAUUAAGAUUGAUGACGCCAUGGACGUGUUCGCCGAGCACGGUGUGGCAGGCAUGGUUGGGCUCUUCUUCAACGGCAUCUUCGCCGCCAACUACAUUAUCGGGCUGGACGGCGUCAACACCGGUCUUUUCCCGGGCGGUUGGAUUCAGCAUAAUUGGAUCCAGCUGGGUCAGCAAGUCGCGUACAUUGUAACAGUAACCGUAUAUGCGUUCGUCGUGAGCGCUAUCCUUGCGUAUGCGAUCAACUGGAUACCCGGCCUACAUCUCCGAGCGUCGGAAGAGGCUGAGCUACUGGGUAUGGACGAUGACCAGCUCGGUGAAUUCGCGUACGAUUAUGUUGAGGUCCGUCGUGACUAUCUGGCGUGGACGCCCGCGAAGGGGGAGCCGGAGCAGAAAGAACCGCAGAUUCCGCAGGGCGAUCGUCAUGGCAUCCACCAGCACAGCGAGAUGCUCGAGGGCAAGGAGCCGAGCGAAGGCUCUCCUGAUCAUCAUCACCCAGUCGCUCAAGGUGACCGACACGCCAUGGCGUACGAGAAGACUGAGCGCGAGAAGGCUGCGGAAGGUCUUUGAUCGUAACAGGACAUCUAAGUUGAUCGCUAUGCAAUGCGGUUUGUGCACGUAAUGGGUAGCGGCGCUCAAUCACUCUCGCGGUGCAUGAGCGGUACCGAGUCCACUUCUCGCAGGGAACCUCACAUGCCAACAGCGUCAUACUGCGAACAAGCCGGCUCUAUAAGGAGCUGUACCAUAACGCUCCGUUCUGGAACGCGCAUUGUAGUAGAGCUUGCAUUGUAUUAUUCUACGUUUAGGACUUUCAGCAGAUGAUAGC